AUGAGGUUUGUCUCCAACUGCACCCUCCUUGCUUCUGCCUUAUCGGCUGCAUAUCGUACCUACAACGAUACCCAGCCAAUCAGUUCUUUGGAACAUUUUUUGGAUGACAAUGGUAUCUUGCUAACAAUGUGCAUGCAAUUCCGUGGACGGAUUCCUUGGUUGGAAUGUUCCCGCAAGGAUGGAAAUUCCAAACUCUCAGCCUCUUGGAUUCAAGCAAGCAAGACGAGAGGAUUCCGAGUAAUUGGAAAGCCAAUUGAUGUUGGGCCACCCGUGGGAUUGGUUCUCAAGCCCUCUUCCACAAAAGUUAGGUGUCUGUACCCCGUAGAUGCUGGUACCGAUGGACGAGACAACAAUGGUUGUGGUCCCAACUCUUAUGACCCACGUUAUGGAUCCAAAGGAUACGACCAUGCGGGAUGGUUUCAAAGGCUCUUGACUCGUCAAGAACUUACUUACUACAAGAACCAAAAGUUUGGAAAAAAUAGAACUUGGGAAAGCAUUCCUUGCAACCAGCUUUAUGACAACCUAACUGUUCCAAUUCUUGGCUUGUUGGAGGAACGUCAACAGGAACAAAACACUCAAACCUCACACAAGAACAACCAAACCAGGUAUCAAUGGAAGUACAAAACACUGGAUGAAGUUGUGGUAGACCAAUGGUCCUACAAAUUGGGCCAUCCCGUCUGCAACCAAAGUCAACCAGCACCCAAACCAGACUUUAACGAAACAUCCAUAUUUGACUUCCUUGUCUACUUUGAUCGCUACUUUUGGUCUGGCGCAGAUGAUGACUGGCGACAAGUGGUAAGCCUCAUGGAAGAUACCAUAGACCGUCACCCUUUCGUGAGCACUUGGAAUGAAUUGGUGCUGGAAGUGCCACCAUCCUUUCAGGACUUUGUUGAGAACACCGUUCAGGCUGUCUUUUGUAUUCAAGGAAGAGGUUUGGUGCCAGAUCAAAUUGCCAAAUUCUGGGCUAGACGAGAGGCCAAAAAGAUGAACAAGCCACUUCUGUAUGUCAAUGAAAAAUCGUUGGGGACCGAUGAAGCACCAAGAAAGGAGGAAGAGACUGAGCUUUUUCAUUGCUUUGACGACGAUGAUGAUAUUGAGGAGGAAUCAGAGGAUGUCAUGGAGUUGAUGUUGGAGCAUGCCCAGGAAUCUCAUUCGACGCCGACUAGGCUCCGCAAAUCUUCUGCCUAG